GAACAAGUAAUGCAGAUUUUCCCUCUGUGGACCCCGGAAUGUACCAAUUGGACAUUUCUCUAAGAAGAGGACAGAAUCUGGCAGCACGGGACCGUGGAGGAACCAGUGAUCCGUAUGUCAAGUUCAAACUUGGAGGAAAAGAAGUCUUCAGAAGUAAAACAAUACACAAGAACCUCAAUCCUGUGUGGGAAGAAAAGGCUUGCCUUCUUAUAGAUAACCUAAGAGAACCAUUGUAUAUAAAGGUCUUUGACUAUGACUUUGGACUUCAAGAUGACUUUAUUGGUUCAGCAUUUUUGGAUCUCACUUCAUUGGAAGUAAACAGGCAAACAGAUGUUACUUUGAGUCUGAAGGAUCCCCAUUACCCUGACCAUGACCUGGGAAGCAUAUUGUUGUCAGUUCUGUUGGCUCCUAGAGAAGAACAGCAAGAAGCGUUUCAGACCCAGAGCUUACGUCUCUCAGACCUGCACAGAAAAUCUCAGCUAUGGAGAGGGAUAGUCAGCAUUACCUUGAUACAAGGUCGUGAACUUAAGGCCAUGGAUGCAAAUGGACUAAGUGAUCCUUACGUGAAGUUCCGGUUGGGGCACCAGAAGUACAAGAGCAAGAUUGUGCCAAAAACUUUGAAUCCUCAGUGGAGAGAGCAGUUUGACUUUCAUCUCUAUGAAGAACGAGGUGGAAUUAUUGAUAUUACCGUGUGGGACAAAGAUGCUGGCAAAAAGGAUGAUUUUAUUGGCAGGUGCCAGGUUGACCUGUCAACCCUGAGCAAAGAACAAACCCACAAGCUGGAGCUGCCGCUGGAGGAGGGAGAGGGGUUGCUGGUGUUGCUGGUCACUCUCACAGCCUCAGCUGCAGUUACUAUCUCUGACCUCUCCGUCAACUCCCUGGAGGACCAGAAGGAGCGAGAGGAGAUACUGAAGAGAUAUAGCCCACUGGCGCUGUUUGGUAACAUGAACGACGUGGGAUUCCUGCAGGUGAAGGUCAUCAGGGCAGAAGCAUUGAUGGCAGCUGAUGUCACAGGUAAAAGUGACCCGUUUUGUGUAGUUGAAUUGAACAAUGACAGACUGCUGACACACACCAUCUACAAGAACCUCAACCCAGAAUGGAACAAAAUCUUCACAUUCAAUGUUAAAGACAUCCAUUCCGUGCUGGAAGUGACAGUGUAUGACGAGGACCGCGAUCGGAGCGCUGACUUCCUAGGCAAAGUUGCUAUACCACUGCUGUCUAUUCAAAAUGGUGAACAGAAAGCCUACGUCUUGAAAAACAAGGAGCUGACAGGGCCAACAAAGGGGGUCAUCUAUCUUGAAAUAGAUGUGAUUUUUAAUGCUGUGAAAGCCAGCAUACGAACCUUAAUGCCCAAGGAAGAGAAGUACAUCGAGGAGGAAGACAGACUGUCUAAACAGCUGCUGUUAAGAAACUUCAUCCGGAUGAAGCGUUGUGUCAUGGUGCUCAUAACUGCAGCCAACUACAUCAGCAGCUGCUUUGACUGGGAUUCCCCCCCGAGAAGUCUUGCUGCUUUUUUGCUUUUUCUUUUUGUGGUCUGGAACUUUGAGCUCUACAUGAUUCCACUGGCUUUGUUGUUGCUGCUGGCAUGGAACUACUUCUUGAUUAUAUCAGGGAAAGAUAACAGGCAACACGACACAGUAGUGGAGGACAUGCUAGAGGACGAGGAAGAAGAGGAUGACAGAGAUGACAAGGACAGUGAAAAAAAAGGAUUUAUGAACAGACUUUACGCCAUCCAGGAGGUGUGUGUCACUGUCCAGAAUAUCCUUGAUGAAGUAGCUUCCUUUGGAGAAAGGAUCAAGAACACAUUCAACUGGACUGUCCCAUUCCUGAGCUGGCUGGCAAUUGUUGCCCUCUCCGUGUUCACCAUCAUCCUGUAUUUUGUUCCACUGAGAUACAUUGUCCUUGCCUGGGGCAUCAAUAAAUUCACAAAGAAGCUUCGAAGUCCAUAUGCAAUUGAUAACAAUGAGCUACUUGACUUUCUCUCCAGGGUUCCAUCAGAUGUGCAAGUGGUGCAAUACCAGGAACUGAAGCAAGAUCCCAGUCACAGCCCGAGCAAGAAGAAGAAAAGCAAUCCUGCCUAGCCAGCUCCACGUGCUGGGGAGACUGGGGGGAAGAUAAAAGAAGGAGCCUGCAGCCUAAGAAGCGUUUCCUCUCUCUUAAGCUUUUUAUUUAUUUUGCC